UGAGGCCCGGUGCAAACGUUGAAGGAAACUGGCCCACUGUGACGGUGAAGAGGUUUGAACAGUAACAGAGAGAAGUUUACGAGGAAAGCAAAAUGUUCCGCGUGCAGCAGCUGAAGCAUGAAGAAGGUGGCGUCCGCUACCGUGGCAGUGAGGUUGCAACCGAUCCCAACACGAGCACUCCUCCUGUUCCGUAAUCGGCCUCUGGGGACCAACCCGACCCCAUGGAAAGCGAUAAGCAUCGCAACCAAGUCCGGUGACGAUAACCACCCGUUCGCAGGAACAACUGCACAAUCAAUAGGAGAGGAGGGGCCUGAUCCGAACCGGCACGGAUGAUCGAUCCUCCUUGCUCAAAGGGGAUUCACAUCCAUAAGCCACCAUGGUCCGCAUCAGUGUACUGGCCGAUGCCCUGAAGUGCAUCAACAACGCAGAGAAGCGCGGCAAGCGCCAGGUGCUGAUCCGUCCGAACUCGAAGGUCGUGAUCAAGUUCCUGACCGUGAUGAUGAAGCACGGUUAUAUCGGCGAGUUCGAGAUCGUGGAUGAUCAUCGCAGCGGAAAGGUCGUGGUCAAUCUGACUGGUCGCCUCAACAAGGCCGGUAUCAUCUCGCCUCGCUUCGACGUCAAACUGCACGACAUCGAGCGCUGGACCAACGAUCUGUUGCCGUCGCGUCAGUUUGGAUACGUGGUUCUCACCACCAGCGGUGGCAUCAUGGAUCACGAGGAGGCUCGCCGGAAACAUCUGGGAGGUAAAAUCCUUGGCUACUUCUUCUAGAGCUUCCGCUCCGCGAGAAAAGCCUGCCACAGAGAGGGAGAGAGAGAGAGAGAGAGAUCAAAGAGAGAGAUAAAAAAAACAAAAUGUCCAGCAGUGAUUAGCCUCAUUACACAUCGGCUAAAUACAUAGCACGGGCAUCUGUUCCAAUCACA